AUGCCCCGUGUUACUCCGGAGAACCGACAACGGGCGUACCGGCCUAAAACAAGCACCGGCUGUAUAACCUGCAGAAGUGAGGAGACCGGCUUACAUGGAGAUCUUCAAUGUUACUCACCAAGUCGCAUAGAACGACGCGUUAAGUGCGGCGAGGAACGGCCCGCUUGUAUACGAUGCACGGCAACUGGUCGCAUUUGCGAUGGCUACGGGGUACCAGCCACUCCAGUCUCUUCUGGAGAGUCGACCUCGCAAUCAAAUGUAUUCAAAAGAGCACUUAUAGCUCGGCCGCUUAACACCCCGUCGUAUGACAUAUUUACCAGUGAGGAGAGGCGGUCAUUUGAGUUCUUCCUGCUGAACACAGCCCCGCAGCUGGCUGGCGACUUUGAGUGCGCCUUCUGGGAGCGUCUGCUGCUUCAGACUGUGCAUCACGAAUCGGCCAUUCGCCAUGUCACAGUUGCUCUGGGCUCGCUACAUGAGCACUUCCAACGCGAUGCAGGCGCUCCUUUUAGUUCUCGCGUACUAGCCACCGACAACACCUUCGCCCUACGCCAGUAUCUCCGCGCUAUACGCUGCCUAAUGCCUUCACCCGGCGCAUCUCAAUCUAUCGACUCUUUACGCGGUCACUACGGUUCAGCCAUCACGCAUAUCACCAGCGGACUGAAGAUUCUUGGUGAACUUCGGAAUAAGAAUUGGAGUCGCUCUGCGGCUUUUAAUUUAGGUCGCACCCCGUAUGUCUCUGUGGACAUACUGUGCGGGCUUUUCACACGUCUCCAGGCCCAGGCUAGUGUUACCGUCAAUGGAAUUCCAGCAGCGGGUUUCGACCUCUGGCCUGAUUUGGUCAUCGACUUUUCCAAACCCGUCGUAUUCCAUUCACUGGCCGACGCACGCGAGAUGCUCGAGAUUUAUACUUACUACUACCGACAGCACAUCACACAGCUACGGAAUCUAAGCACACAGGCGAGAUCCAACCAUGUCACCCCAGCAUCCACAGUUCUUCGCGAUACUUCGCUCUCCCUUCUAGCACAAUGGACCGCCGGUCUGGACGAAUUCUUGCACAAGCACGGUGCCUCCUUCACAGCCCGUGAACGGCGUGGCGCUGCUGUUCUCCAGCUGCGCAAACUCGAAUGCUUUGUCAUGCUAGACUCACUCCGCCCAGAGGAUGAGCUGGACCCCAGCGAAAAGAUUUGGUUGGACAGGUACUGUUCUUCGUUCGAGCAGAUGGUGGCUCUAGGCGACUCGAUCGUCGAGCUCUCCUCCUCCCUGCCUUCCUCGUCGCCGAAAUCCUUUUCGCUCGAUCUGGGCAUUAUCUCGGCCAUGUUCAACGUCGCCUCACAGUGCCGCGACCCACACAUCCGGCGGCGUGCUAUACGCGUGCUCCGAACUGCUGCUGUUCAGGAAGGGGUAUGGAACAGUCAUUUUGUAGCCAAGAUCGCAGAAAAAUGGAUCGAGAUCGAAGAGGAAGGGCUAGGAGCUGUGACAAGCUGCGGCGAUGUGCCCGCCUCAGCCCGACUAUUACACUUCCUUCCCGUGUUUGAUGUCGAUCAGCCCAGUGCCUUGGUCUAUUUCAGUCAUUCUUCUACCUUGGAUUCGAUGACCGUACGCAGAGAAGUCAUUCAAUGGUAA